CCACCGCCUUCCCCGGCCCUUCAACCAUAUCAUGGAACUUAUCAAUCCAUUUCUCCAUUCCCCUCACCAACGCUUUCGCCAUUGCCACUCUUUUCUGCCUCUAGAUCAAUCUCUAUAGCAGGCCACUCACUGAACAGUGCAUUCUCACUUGGCCCCUCU